AGUAAUUACUUUUGGUUGUGUAACAUUCGAGUGGAAAAACUGACCGCAAUUACAGGUAUAUCAUCACGUGGUUGUAACAUUUGACCAGCAUUUUCGCCCGAUUUGAGUCAAGUGAAUUAAUAUGGUGAAAAAAACAACACAGUUAUCGCAAUGAUUUUAUCACUUAUCUUGAAACUAUUUAAGAAUCAUUCAUUAGGUAGUGUUAGUUGGAGUGAAAAUGACUGAAUUUGAUUCAACUCAAAACAUCGUCAAUAGCCACAGUUUGGAAACUGUGGAAAAUGGAGCACCGAAAACGAAACAAAAACACAAAAAAUUCGUCAAUUUAUUAAUCAAACUUGCAGUUUUGUUAAUAUUAAAGGCACAUUUCAUUUGGGCAACUAUUUAUUUCGUGACAAACUCAGAUGACACACUUGACUCAACCACAUGUACGGGUUAUGGCUUUUGGAUGAUAAUUUACAUUUUUAUUUAUUUCAUCAUUUUCUACAACGUCCUUUUAAAACCAUACAUAAUACCCUUUAUUUCCAACCUUACGUCAAAAUAUUUAUCACCACAGCUGAAGAAAAUACCUUUCUGGCCCUUAGUAUCACGUGGUGUCAUUUUAGCGGCCAUUUUAGCCUUUAUAGUUUACGACUGUCGUGACGAUUUCUCACGUUUGAUGCCAUUGACAGGUCUAGUGAUUUUUUUUAUCAUAGGUUUCCUAUUCUCGUCGGCCAAAAAACAGAUACCAUGGCCGACUGUGAUUUCAGGCCUAAUUGCCCAGUUUAUUCUGGGUCUAUUGAUGAUUCGAUGGGACACUGGACGUAAUAUUUUCAGUUGUGUGGGUGACAGGGUUGACACUUUUCUCAAUUAUGCUGUCAAUGCGUCGGCAUUUGUUUACAGCGAAGAGUUGGUUUUGAAACAGGCAAUUUUCGCAUUUAACGCCCUCGCCGCCAUUUAUUUAAUGAAUUUUUGCAUUAAUAUUUUGUAUUAUUACGGAAUAAUGCAAGCAAUUGUUGUGGAUUUAGGGAAAAUCUUGCAAUUUGUGUUGGGAACACCGAUUUGUGAAAGUGUCAACAGUGCUGCCAACAUAUUCCUCGGAAUGAGUGAAUCGCCAUUUUUGUUGAAACCAUUUUUAGAUCAUUUGACUGAUUCCGAAAUACAUUCUAUAAUGACAUCGGGGUUUGCCUCAGUUUCAGGGACUGUUUUGGCGGCUUAUAUAUCAUUUGGGGCUAAUCCGGCCCAUUUGGUCACUUCGUGUGUCAUGUCAGCGCCUGCUGCGCUCUGCUACAGCAAAUUAAUGUAUCCAGAAACCGAAGAAGUCGUAGUAACCCAUGAAAAUGUCAAAACAAUUAAAAUGAAAUUCGGUUCAGUGUUAGACGCUGCUAUUAAAGGGGCCAAUGAAGCGUCACAAGUCGUAAUCGGCAUUAUUGCCAACCUAAUCUCAUUUAUAGCUUUCGUUUAUUUCAUUAAUGGAGUAUUGGGUUGGUUGGGAACUUUAGUUGGUUUCGUCGCCGAGGACGAAAUCUGGUCACUUGAACUCAUCUUGGGGAAAAUCUUAAUUCCCCUAAGUUAUACAAUGGGUGUUAAAUGGGACGAUUGUGAGAAAGUCGGUCAAUUAAUCGGAAUGAAAACAAUACUCAAUGAAUUUAUUGCAUUUCAAAAAAUGCAACACAUGGAAUUGAGUUCGAAAAGUCGCAUUAUUGCGACUUAUUCAAUUUGUGGGUUUGCCAAUCCGGGCUCAAUUGGUACAAUGUUGUCAACACUGACGAUUUUUAUGCCACGGAAAAAACACAGUGUUACCAAAUUAGUAUUUCGGGCUUUCAUUGGAGGGUCAUUUGCUUGUUUCAUGACAGCUUGUAUAGCGGGACUUUUAACAGUCUAGCCAACUGUGCAAAUAAAAUAUUUUUUUAGUG